AUGAAAAGAAAACAAUUAUACUUACCAGCGAAUUUGGUGAUAUUCCCACUUUCCAACUUUUCACUUGAUGAUCGUCAAAACACUUUUUUUCGCACCCAAACUCUCAAACUGGCAAUAAAUCGGCGCCAAUCGCUCAGAGACCUGUGGUCAGUAAGUAAAUACAAUGAACUGAAAUAUCUAAUUCCCUUUCUGCUUCUAUCAAUCUAUUUUUUUUUCUUUUUCCUUCUUUUGCUUCUUUUUUCAUUUGUCAUUCUUUCCUUUUGCCUGAUAACUUAUUCUUUCCAUUUUUUUUUUUUUUGCCUCAUUCUUGUUUUCUUUUUUUUACUUGGAAAAUUUUUCUCCAUUCUUUUUCUCUUUCUUGGUGUCUUUUUAUUCACUAUCCUUUUUUUUUCUAUUCUUUCAUUCAUUUUCCUUUUAUCUCUACCUUUUCCAAUCUUUCUUUACAUCUUAUUUUCAUUUUCUUUUCUUUCAUUUAACAUUGUCUUUUUCUGCUCACUUUUUCUUGUUAUUCUUCCUUCCUUCAAUUCUUUUUUCUAUUACUGUUUUGUUGGUUUUUUUUAUUUCUUUUAUUUUUUUAAUUAUUUUAUCCUUUUCUUUCUUCCUCAGUAUAUUUUUUCAACAUCUUUCUUUUGUUUUCUUUUUCAUAUAAUCUUCUUGUCUGUAUUUUAUUCUUUUUCAUGUUUUGUAUCUGAUUUUUCAUUUCUUUCCAUGUUAUUUCUUUCAUUUUCUGUUUAUUUUUUUUUUGGAGAUGUUCUCAAAUGA